AGAGGAUCGCGUGUCUCUAUCGUCAUCUUCACCCAACUCCGUUCACAUUUGCUGAUCAGCGAGCGCAUCACUCGAUCAUCCAAUCUCACGAAGAAAGACCCCAACCACCACAAACAUGGCCAAGCCAAAGUCAAAACCAGUCGCCUCGCCCGCCGCCGGAGCGCAGGUAGAUGAGGCAUCGCAAACCUCGCAGACAUCGCAGCAGGCGCAGGUCGCGGAAACUUCGCCAGCGGAGAGAAUACUAGCGCUUCUCAUGCCCCCUCCCUGGGCGCGCCGCCUCAUCUUUGUCGCUCUCAUCUUCUACAUCACCCCGUUCCUGCUCACGCACUGGAUCGAGACGUCGGCCAAGUUGAUUAGGAUGAUACGGACGUUGACUGGCCAGAGGUAAUUGUUGAUUCAGUGGAUGAAGAGAUAUCGGGUUAGGUUGCUGGGGUUCAUGGAAGUGGGUUGGUGAGCUCUGGGGUCAGCA